UUUUGUAAUAAUCGGAACCGGAAGUGAGGCGAAACGUUUCAGGAAGUAAACAAACCUCAGACAGCUCAGCGCGAGAGGCACUAAACUUAGUAGUCAGAUAUUGUGGCUGUGAUUGUGUGCUUUUUCAUCAGAUAAUGUUACAUUUGGAUGUGUAUAAGAUAGAUUUAUGACCUCAUCAGCGGCAGUAUCAAGUGUAACACAACACAACCACCAUGUCAAGAAAACAGUCGGGGAAGCCCAUCAAAAGCAACAAAAAGUGUGAAUUAGAAAGAAAAAGGGACGAAAGGGCGGCUCGCCGGGCUUUGGCCAAAGACCGCAAGAACCGUCCACCAGGAGACGACGGAGAGGAGUUUGUCAGCUUCUCCAACCAGCUUCAGGCUCUUGGUCUUAAACUGAGAGAGGUUCCUGGAGAUGGAAACUGUUUGUUCAGAGCUCUCGGCGAUCAGCUGGAAGGACAUUCAAGAGGUCAUCUGCGUCUGCGACAGGAGACCGUGCAGUACAUGCAGUCACACAGGCAGGACUUUGAGCCCUUCGUCGAGGAUGAUGUGCCAUUCUGUAAACAUGUGUUAAACCUCUCACAGCCGGGCACGUUCGCUGGUAACGAUGCCAUCGUGGCCUUCGCUCGCAGCCAACAAGUGAAAGUGGUUAUUCAUCAGUUAAAUGCUCCGUUAUGGGAGAUUAAUGGUACGGAAAAGCCUAUAUGCCGUGAGCUCCACAUCGCAUAUCGCUAUGGAGACCACUAUGACAGUGUCAGAAAAAUCGGAGAUAACUCGGAGAACCCGGCACAAUUGUGUAUAGAGAAUCUGAAUAAUUCAAGACGUUUUGGAGAUGGUCAGAAGAAGGAAAAGCAGAGAGACGCCUCCCCUUCACAAUCUCUCGCUGAAGAUGAAGAGCUGAUCUUGAGUUUACUUUGUGACGACAGUCAAUCAGUGAAUCUUUGUCAAUCUAGUGCCCGGUCACAGAAGUGCCAUAGCGAUUGGCUUGACUCUGAACUGAAUAACCAAUCAGAGGAGAGAUCACAGAGAGAUUCAGCGUCAGGGACACAUCCUCUUUGUCAAAGCAUGCAAGCAGAAUGUAGUGAAAGCGUAUCAACAACAGAGGGCAGCAUCUCACAAAAACCCAAGCUUUCUUCUAAACAACGGAAAGAGCAACAGCGACUAGAAAAGAAGAAGCGUCAGGAGGAGAGACACAGGCAGAAGGUUAUACAGGAGAGAGGGUCAUAUGAUCAGAAUCAAAACACACCUGAAGCCGUCACACUUGUGCCGGCGUUAAACACUCUGAGCAUUUAAAUCAAACGUGGGACUGAUUCUCAAUUUUGUGUGUGGAGUGAACUGAAUGAGAAACUAUGAUAUAGUUUAAAUGUAUGGAAAUGUGUAGCAUGGCUGUGGUUGCAUUUCUUUAGCCUGAAUGUGACAUGAUAAGUAUUGUCGUUCAGUAUGUUCUCCUUGAAUAAAUCGCUGAUGGUUGCGUUUUCGUAACGAAAGUGAUUAAACGUUAACCUCUUAAUUUCAUUUGCUCCGUUUGCACUUAGCCAAAGAAUACUGGGAAAGAGAAGCAAAUUUAUUGAGCUGAGACAAUUUAAGAUUAAUGAUGACCUGUUAAAUUAUUUAAAAUAUGUGUUUCCUUAAAACAUCGUAAGCCUUAUUAAAAUGAGACUUUGAAUAUUUUUUUCUUUGUUUUGAAUUUGCAUAUAAUUUUCAUCAGUAUUCUCAGACUCUACGGUGAAGUUCCAGAAAUAAAUCAAACUUUUUAAAUGCGA